ACAGCAGUUGACAGUGACAUCAAGACAAGAACAGUGGACGUCGGGCGAUAUAACACAGCGGGACGUUCUGUGGCUAACUGUGACUGCUCAUCGGAUAUAACAAGACUUCUGGGAAGGCACCGGCCAGUGCGGGACACAUGAGCCGGAGCGGUCCCCGCAAUCUACCUGUAGCAGAGGCGACGGCGGUGGAAGCAGCGAGGGGGCCGUAAGGGGCCCCUUAAGAUCAGGGCUGAGGAUGAAGUUCACAGAGCAUUUAUCGGCGCACAUCACCCCGGAGUGGAGGAAGCAGUAUAUCCAGUAUGAGGCCUUCAAGGAGAUGCUCUAUGCGGCCCAGGAUCAGGCUCCGUCUAUAGAAGUAACUGAUGAGGACACCGUGAAGAGGUAUUAUGCCAAGUUUGAAGAAAAAUUCUUUCAGACAUGUGAGAAGGAACUUGCCAAAAUCAACACAUUUUAUUCAGAAAAAUUGGCAGAGGCCCAACGUCGUUCAGCAACCUUACAAAAUGAACUGCAAUCUUCACUUGAUGCACAGAGGGAGAGCAGCGUCGUACCAGGCCUUCGGCAGCGUAGAAAGGCAGUGUUUGCUCUGACACAUGAGGAGCGGGUCCAGCACAGAAACAUAAAGGACCUGAAACUAGCAUUCAGUGAGUUCUAUCUGAGCUUGAUUCUGCUUCAGAACUACCAGAAUUUAAACUUUACAGGGUUUCGUAAAAUCCUUAAGAAACAUGACAAGAUCCUGGAGACAAGUCGUGGUGCAGACUGGCGUGUUGCGCAUGUGGAGGUGGCACCAUUUUACACCUGCAAAAAAAUUAACCAGCUGAUCUCUGAGACUGAGACUGUUGUUACCAAUGAAUUAGAAAGUGGGGACAGACAAAAAGCCAUGAAACGCUUGCGGGUGCCACCUCUUGGUGCAGCCCAGCCAGCUCCAGCCUGGACAACCUUCCGUGUUGGACUCUAUUGUGGCAUAUUUAUGGUUGUGAACUUGGCAGUCGUAAUGGCAGGUUACCACUUCCUUCAGGGUAAAAAUGUGUGGCCCAUGGUUCGAAUUUACAGGGGUGGGUUUCUUCUCAUUGAAUUCCUCUUUCUUCUUGGCAUCAACACAUAUGGCUGGAGACAAGCAGGGGUUAACCAUGUCCUAAUCUUUGAGCUCAAUCCCCGCAAUAACCUUUCCCAUCAGCAUCUUUUUGAGAUUGCAGGUUUCCUGGGAAUAUUAUGGUGUUUCAGCCUGUUCUCCUGCAUUUUUGGGCUGUCGAUCAACCUGCAGAUGCAUCUGAAUCCUUUAAUUCUGUAUGGAAUAAUGUUGGUCUUCCUUGUCAAUCCCACUAAAACCUUCUAUUACAAGUCUCGAUUCUGGCUCCUUAAACUACUGUUUCGGGUUUUCACUGCACCAUUUCACAAAGUGGGGUUUGCAGAUUUCUGGCUGGCUGAUCAACUUAAUAGUUUGGCUAUUAUUCUCAUGGACCUGGAGUUCAUGAUCUGCUUCUACAGUUUUGAGCUUAACUGGGGAAAAAGCGAAGGACUGGUCGAAUCAGCUAAAAGUGUGUGUAACUCCUAUUCAUAUGGAGUGCGUGCUGUGGUUCAGUGUAUUCCUGCCUGGCUACGGUUUAUCCAGUGUCUCAGACGGUACCGUGAUACCAAGCGAGCUUUCCCUCACCUGGUGAAUGCCGGAAAAUACUCCACUACAUUCUUCAUGGUCACGUUUGCUGCCCUCUACAGUACCCACAAAGAGCGCAACCACAGUGAUGCUCAGGUAUUUUUCUACCUGUGGAUCGUCUUUUAUUUCAUUAGUUCCUGCUACACACUUAUCUGGGAUUUGAAGAUGGACUGGGGGCUAUUUGACCGCAACGCAGGCGAGAACACCUUCCUGCGAGAAGAGAUUGUGUACCCACAGAAGGCCUAUUAUUAUUGUGCAAUUAUCCAAGAUGUUAUCCUACGGUUUGCUUGGACUAUUCAGAUUUCCGUCACAUCCUUAAACCUCUUCACAGACGCAGGAGAUGUCAUUUCCACUGUACUUGCACCUCUUGAGGUCUUCCGCCGCUUUGUGUGGAACUUCUUCCGACUUGAGAAUGAGCAUUUAAAUAACUGUGGUGAAUUCCGUGCUGUGCGAGACAUCUCCGUUGCACCAUUGAAUGCAGAUGACCAGACCAUGCUGGAGCAGAUGAUGGAUCAAGACGAUGGAGUAAAGAAUCGAGUUAAAAGCAGGAUAUGGAAACGUAGCCAAAGCAUGUCCCUUCGUAGGCCAAGGCUGUCAUCCCAGAGUAAGAUGAAAGAUGCAAAGAUCCUGAUCGAUGACACUGAUGAUGAAGCGAACACAUGAAAAAAGUCAACAAUAAUAAUAAUUCAGCCUCAACCAUCUCUGCCAGGCUGCCAUUUCCCCCACUCUGGCUUCUCUCUGCCCUUCCACUCUCUCCCAUUGUCAUUAGGUUGGCUUGUUGCACGCCUGCCUUUCACAUUUUUAAACAAUUCUUGCAAUCCAUGGUUAGAAGUAACAAGAGAAGCUACUAGAAUGGAAUGGACACUGGGGGUUGUUACAGACAUAUCAUCCCGCAAGUCUUCGGUUUCAUCUCUUGCCUGAUUCUAAAUGGACUUUAAUUCAGAUUUGAGAUGCUGUGGUGCCACAAACGCCAGCUUUGCUGGUAGUGUUUUAUUUUUCACAGCAGUUAAUUGAUGUUUGUCUUCUGCUCACCCCAUUUUCCUUUUCAAUUUAUGCAUCUGCAAAUCACCAUGAAUAUUUUGUUUUCCCACCCCCCAGCAGUGCUGGGAGGGGUCCCACAAAUAUGGGGCUGGGGGAGUGACAAAGUUACGAGGGAUACUUUGCUUUCAUUCAUGUUCACAACUUCAUUGUUUUAAGCCAAAGUUCAUUUUGUUCUUAAUCCGUCCAAAUUUUCUCGGGCAUCUCUAGUCUUUCUUACUGCAUAUGUUCAUAUCCUUAAUUAGUGUCUUGGUGGCAAUCGGCCAUUUCAGCAUCUAACAGAAGCCAGUCCUGCUCUGGGCCUGAAUUGUGCUCUUUGUAAGAGCUGAGCACUCCCUCCACUAGCCUCAAUGAUUUGCACUGGGGAUUGUGCUGUGUGCUGACCACUUUGCUGCUUACUAUUUAGCUAUGGGUUACACUCCCUCCUACCGCAGUGGUUAAAUGCAGCCUUCUCUCUCUCUUACUGCCAGAGGAUAUGAAAAUACUGCGUAUUUUGGUGCAGUUAACUCAUCUAUGUGCUGGCUCAUAACUUAUGUUCAGUCUCAUUGUUGCCUUUUGGGUUAUACCACAUUUACCAGCAACUCCUUCCACAAGGGCUCAAAACAGGGAACCAGUCUUAACCCCCCCCCCGUCCUUUCCUUUUCUCCCCCGCUCUGUAAUAAAAGAUGCACAAUGCAGUCAUUGGACACGGGGCAGCAUGCUACAUAAGACAUCACCUACAGGUAUAUAAGAGCCCUAUAAAGGUUCAUUUAUCACCUGCUCCAUGAGACAGGCUCAGUAAUAGAAUAAAAAGUGCCCCGCAUCUCACAGUUUGUUUUUUCAGUACGUGCAAGGACAAUCUUUAAACUAGACCUCCUUUGGGUGACAAUUUACCUCUAGAAGAUCCUAGCACUUGUUGCUCUUCUCGCUUCCUUUUUGUGAAUGGGCUGAAAGAGUGAGAGUGACUAAGAGCAUUGCUGAGGUUUGUGACCGCUGCUGUUUUGUCUUGCUGUAGCCGUGUAUGUGCAUUGCUGUUCUGCUUGGCUUCUCUUAUCUGUGCGCAUGCUGUGUACCUUUCCUGUUCCGAUGGAGAUUAUAGUCUUUAUACAAAGGGACUCAACGGCCGAGUUUAGGGAGAGGGCACCAAUUUCUCUAAUCAGACUUAUAUUCACAUGAACCCAUAAAAAAGAUGUGCAAACACGAGGAACACUGUUCCUUUCUAAUUUGCUUUUAUCAAUGAUAGUUGUCUAAAUGGGAAAAAAAUGACACACUAAACUACACUUUCUUUGUACAUUGUAUAUUAAUUAAUUAUUAUUAUUCCCAUACUCUGAUUUAAUUGUGAUAUUAAUUAUACCUUCUCCUUAAAGGGGAAGCAUCAUAAAAAUGAAAAUGUAAUAUAAGCUGCUUCAUACUGAAAUAAGAAACGUUCUAAAUGUAACGUUCUGAGAAAGGAAUGGUGAAGAUGAAGCAGUACAGAAUAUUUAAUUGAUUGUAUUUAGAAAGCUUCUUAUUUCAGAAUGAUGAAGCUUAUAUAAAAUGUUCAUCUUGGCGAUAGUUCCCCUUUAAAUGAAUAAUCCUGGCCUUACUGUGAUCACACUGCAUGUUGCAAAAGAUCAAGAGUAGUUGUCUGACAGAUAACACAACUUAAGCUGUGAUCUUUCCUUUGGUUUUGCAGUGUGUCAUAUAUUCUAGCAUAAAUAGUAGCUCAGACAGCAAUAGCGUCUCACUUUCCCAAUGUGGAAAUGUUGGUUUAUUUGCUAAAUAUCUCAGCAAUAGGACCCUGCAGUAACUGUUAUUAAUCCUUGACUGUUAAUGAUAGUAGGACCUGGCAUGUUAUCGACUCUUAAAGACUCCACGCGGUUAAGGGGUAAACACGGUGAUGGAUCUUAAACUCACGAGCAGAGGAUUCACCAUUGUGACCUGGAACUCUUCCUUUGGUUCUUGGAUGAACAGUAUUUGCAAUUAGUCUCAUCUGAACACCACUGUUCCUUACAUACACCUGAAGGGAGGUCAUGUUUUCUCAGUGCUACUAGAGAUCUAUUUAACAGGGGGCUCCCUCCCUGCCUCAGGCAGAGACCUAAACUUAAGCUUGGUAGCUGUAAUGUGGCAAAUUUGUUGUUCUUGUAUAAGAUGUGGUGUGAGUCUGUGCAACAAGGGAACCGUGUCUGGAAGAGGGAUCAAUGAAAAGUCAGGGAAAGAGGGGAAUAAAAGCACACUCUGUCCCUCCCUGCUCCCCCUCUCCAGCUCUCUACCCACUGUGAAGCUCCCCACCUGCUACGUGUCUUCAGUAUAAGCACUGUGACUUGUUCUUUCUGCUGCAUUCCAUUCCAAACCCUCUCACCUUCCCUCCUCAUACUUUUUUUUGAGGUUCUAUCUCCAUUCUCCUCUUUUCAUGCCAUGCUUGUUGCCUGCCAAUUUGAGUUCAGUGUUCCUGGUUUUCCUUGAAAACUAUGAUCACAUGCUUUUCGCUUGUCUUAUUGUGACUGUGCUUCUAGUUUUCUGUUCCCCUUCGAUGGAUAUAAAGAGUACUUUUUUUUUAUACUGUGGAGUACUUUCUGGUCAGUAGGAAUAUAUGGCACCAAGUGCUUCUUGUUUGUAGAUUGUAUAAAAAUUUAAUGUGGCUUUAUGUGUUUUUUGGUAAAAGAAAAAGAAAAUAA